AUGUUUCGAUUAUUCGCAGAUCUUUGGCUGGAUGACCCCCCAGAAAAUGAAUCAACGUCUCUCAAGACAAUUCUACCCCUAAUCCAAAACCUUGAACAGAACAUUUCCCAAGGCAUGUACCUUGUUAAGCUGUCUACGUGGGAUAUGAAUGCCGCAUUUGAAAAAUAUCGAGACGAAGAAGAUGCUUGGUGGAAGUCACAUAAUGUCCAGCGACCCCGCGAAUACCUUGUCCGCCCCUCGGGCCGUCUUGAUGCUCCAGUGGCCUGCCAUCUGUUUAACCCCACGUUCAUCGUUAACGACCCUUGUCUUGGCGAGAUGGAUGACCCAUCUAAUCCAUGUAUUGCACAGCUUCAUGACGUUGGAUUUACCUCUGACAACUGUCUGAUGUUUGAUCAUUCAGCUCGAAGAGAGGACAGCAGACAUUCCAAGGUGCUCUAUCCUCCGGAUCUUUGGGAUAUCCACGAGACUUUUGUGUUCACCCUUCGGUACCACAUGGCAGCGGCUGUGGAAAUCUGCUGGGGCUCAAAUGUACGUGAGCGUAUGCUCAGGCGACUACAGAACACCCUACGCGUCUUACCGCUCUGGGGUCGUUACAAAGGCGUGACCCUUUACUUGGAGCUCACCGAGGAUGAAACCUCGGUAAAACGAUUCAUCAUAUUUGCGAAUCACCCACAGUUUUUCAUAUUUAUGAAAGGAACGAAUGUUCGAGCUCACGCCUUCCGAGCAGAGCAAGGAGGCCGACAGAAUCUACUGUUGGAGCCCCUACUACUUCAACCAUUUCGGCCAGCAAAGGCAAUUCGAGAUCAGAGAGAUGCCUGGAAAGGCCAAGCCUACGCGGAGCUCAAAUCCGCUUUCCCAGGGGUGGAAUUCUUUUCUUCGGCGCAGAGAACGCUUGGUAUCUCUCGGAGGGACCAUAAUGAACUACAGGACGCCAGGCUGCCUGAGAUUAACCAUGCUCUGACGACACCCGAUAUCGUAGCUGGUGAUGAUCUCACAAAUGAGAAGGCUCUGAAAGAAGCUCGUCUUCAAGAAGUUGCCCUAUUUUGGAAAGAUUUACAGGACCUAGUUGUUAUUUUUGCGCCUGAUGCGUACUUCAAUCUCGCAGACAAGGACCAAUGUCAGAAGAUUAUUACCAAAAUCGAGGCAUGUGAAGAAGAGCUUUAUCACUGGGAAGAGCUCCCAGUGAGCUUGGCUGAGUUCAUCCACGGCCAAAACGGUCUUCGAAUCGACCAACGCCCGAUAGAAUGCCGCAAAGAGGCCGAGACAGCUUAUCGACUUCUGCAUUGUACGGGCAGUCCAGAAUGUCUAAGCAUUGUUGGACUUGCUUUGUCCAUCUUGAUUGCAUACGCUUGGAAUAUACAUCGCACACCGAGAAGAACCGUGAUAGACUUGAUGGUUCUAAGGACGCCACCCAAAAACAUUGUUUCACGGGUUUGUUCCGCAUGUGGCGGAAGUGUAUUAGACGACCCCUUUGCAUAUUUUGCAAAGAACAACCCGGAUUACUAUGUUGUCAGAAGCUCACAGAUUGGCUGCGGGCUUACUGGCUGCAAAGGAGGUCAUAUUCUUCUUCAUCCUUUGGAAAGAAGUCAGAAAUAUAUCCGCGCAUUGAUCGAUACAUUGGAAAAUAUCCCCAAUCCUCGGUUUCGUGGGGGAGCUCCAUGGGAGAAAUACUUUCUUCGCCAUGGUCAAGAUGAGCUUGGAGAUCUCCCUCGAACAGUGAGACUAAAAUGCCCGCAUAAAGGGUGCAACGGCACCCUAGAAGAUGACGCUCCAAGGUGGACAAUUCAACCAGUACCGACAAUUGUGCUUCGUCAAUUUACAUGUCCGGAAUGUCGACGCAAGUCCGACUGGAAACCCGUGGAUUACUCAAUCAAAUACAUCACUAGUGAAAGUCUCAGUCGCACCUGGAGCAGAUUCAAGGAAAGAGGUUGUGAUCUGACUCAGUACCCUCGCCGGGCGGAUGUGUACUUUUCCCAGGGCCACAUAAAUAAUAGAAUCGCGCAGCUCAAGGAGCUCAAGAGACUGUCCGAGCAGAAUAGCACAGAUUAA